AUGGUUAUCAGCCUCUUUCAUCUCUCUGCAGUCAGAGACCUGCAGCAAGCAUCCAGUGCUGCGGCUUCAACCAACAACCAGACCGACAGGCUCGCGUUGCUCGAGUUCAGGAACGGCAUAACCAGCGACCCACAAGGAGUUCUCCGGUACUGGAAUGAUUCAGUCCAUUUCUGCAGCUGGGUGGGCAUUUCCUGCGGCAGACAUGGUGAUGACGGCUCCCAGAGAGUCACAUCUCUGAUGCUGGAGGAACAGAACCUGGUGGGCACUCUGCCUCCGCACAUUGGGAACCUCAGCUUCCUCCAGGCCAUCAACCUGGAAAACAACACCUUCCACGGGGAGAUUCCUCAGGAAAUAGGGAACCUACUUCAGCUUCGAGAAAUCAACCUAACGUCCAACUCCUUCAUUGGUCAAAUUCCUGACAACCUGACUCGCUGUUAUGAGCUCCGUAUCGUGAGGCUGGGAACGAAUCAUCUACAAGGGCGGAUUCCUCGGGAGAUUGGGUCUUUGUCAAAGCUCCGAGUCAUGAGGGUAGGAACCAACAACCUAACAGGAGAGAUUCCCCAUUCGGUGGGGAACCUGACGAAGCUGAUUGACUUCGGAGCUGCUUAUCUCAACUUGGUGGGCCGCAUCCCGGAGAACUUGGGUGGUCUGGACAGCUUGCACUCGAUUUCUCUUGGGAUGAACCAAAUGAUUGGUAACAUACCUAGAUCGUUCUUCAACAGCACCACUCUCAGCAUCAUUGCCCUCCCUUGGAACCAGUUUGAGGGUCGGCUACCCGAUGAUAUAGGCUUCACUUUACCGAAACUCCAGAAGUUUGCUGUCUCAAAGAACAAAUUUGUCGGUUCCAUCCCUAAAUCAUUGUGUAACGCCACAGAGCUGCAGCUAGUGGACAUGAACAGAAAUGGUUUCGUGGGUCAAAUUCCCGAUUGUGUAGGGAAUCUGCCAGAUCUAUACUGGCUAUCAACUGGGAAUAAUCAUCUUGGCAGUUAUUCCUCUGACGACUUUGAGUUCUUGAGAGGGUUGCAAAACUGUAGCCAGCUUCAACGUUUUGUCAUUACUACUAACAACUUUGGAGGUACUUUACCUAGCACCAUAGCUAACCUCUCAGCCCAGCUUGCCAUACUUGACGUUUCCAUUAAUCAACUAGUAGGAUUUGUUCCUGCUGGACUUCAGAAGUUGGUCAACUUGAAUUACAUAGAUCUGUCAUAUAACCUCUUUGGAGGUUCCAUUCCCUCGUACUUCAGCAGGUUUCCGAGUUUGCAAAGCUUGCACUUAGAAGGAAAUCAGUUAUCAGGUCCAAUUCUUCCCUCCAUUGGCAACCUUACUCAGUUGACUGAACUCAACAUCUCGAAUAACAGAUUCGAAGGCACUAUUCCUUUGGGACUUGGUUCAUUGCUCCAGUUGAUUUCCUUGGACAUUUCAGGAAAUACUCUCACUGGAUCUAUACCUGGCAAGAUUUUCAGUCUUCCGUCCUUGACAAAAUUACUGAACCUGUCACACAACUUAUUCACAGGGAACCUGACUCCAGAAAUAGGGAUGCUGGAGAAUCUCAAUGCUUUGGAUAUUUCUCAUAAUUUCCUGACAGGCAAAAUUCCAAAUGCGAUUGGUGAUUGCAAGAGCUUAGAGUAUCUCUAUUUGCAGAGGAACUCGUUAGCCGGUGCCAUCCCUCCAUCUUUAGCUUUCUUGAAAGGCCUUCAGCAGGCCGAUCUUUCACUCAACAACUUCCAAGGAGAAAUCCCGUCGGCUCUUCAAACUAGUAACCUCUUGCAGUAUCUGAAUCUCUCUUUCAAUCACCUUGAUGGCCAGGUGCCAACAGAAGGAAUUUUUUCAAACCCAAGUAGCAUAUCAUUAAUGGGGAACAAUAUGCUUUGCGGUGGUGUGCUCGAUCUCCAUCUUCCCAAGUGCAAAGCUAAACCUUCCACAAAGGCUAUCAAUCGCCGUACAGUUUUGUCGGUAGUUCUUGUUUUUGUAGGUCUAUCCCUUCUGUCUCUAUUAACUUUUCGAAUUAUCACAAACUUAACAAGAUCAAAGAAGAAGACACUUGUUGAAGGUCCAAGACUACCCAAUUUUGUAAGGGUCUCUUACAGAGACCUUCACAGAGCAACUGGUGGAUUCUCUUCAGAGUUUUUGAUUGGGUCUGGCAGCUUCGGCCUUGUCUACAAAGGGAAAUUGGAUGGAAUCGACCCACCAGUAGCUGUGAAAGUGCUGAAGCUGGAAAACAGGAAGGCUUACAAGAGCUUGGCGGCAGAAUUGAAUGCAUUGAGAAGCAUCAGGCACCGGAACCUCGUCGGGGUUAUGUCAUACUGUUCCAGUACUGACCACAAUGGCGAUGAAUUCAGAGCUCUAGUUUUCGAAUACAUGAGGAAUGGAAAUCUGGAGAACUGGCUGCACACCACGGACGGUUCCCACAAACUCAGUCUCGGUCAAAGGCUCAACAUUGCAGUCGAUGUGGCAUCUGCACUACAUUAUCUCCAUGACCUCUGCGAAACUCCACUCGCGCACUGUGAUUUGAAGCCGAGCAAUGUGCUUCUCGACGAAGACAUGGUUGCCCAUUUGAGCGAUUUCGGCAUUUCCAGGAUUCUUUCAGCUGAGGGUGCCACAUUGUCAGGAACAAGCACCAUUGGUAUCAAAGGAACAGUUGGGUACACUCCUCCAGAGUAUGGAAUGAGCAGUGCAGCGUCGAAAGAAGGUGAUGUGUACAGCUUCGGAAUUCUACUGCUGGAAUUGUUCUCCGGGAAAAGACCCACCGACCAGUUGUUCGAAGACGGUCGAAAUCUUCGAGACUAUAUGAUGGCGGGGAUGCCAGAUAUGGUAACCGAGGUAAUGGAUCCACUGCUCUUCCCCGGUGGAGACAUAACCGAGGCUGCGGAGAUAGGCGGAGGUGAUGAAAUCACGGAAGUGGUCGAACUGCAACGCAGGGAGAGUAAUUUCAGAGAGGCGAGCUUAAUGAGGUCGAGUCAAUACCUCAAUUGCAUGAAGUCGGUCGUCGAAAUCGGGAUAGCUUGUUCUCUGGAAUCGGCGACGCAACGGAUGAAGACGGCGGACGUCUACCGCAGGCUAGAGUGCAUUAGAGAUGCUUUUACCGCAAAUACCAUUCGCCGUCGACCCAGAGAAGACCCACAGCAAGCAGUCACAGCUGCUGCUUCAACCAACAACCAGACCGACAGGCUCGCGCUGCUCGAGUUCAGGAACGGCAUAACCAGCGAUCCACAUGGGGUUUUCCGAUCCUGGAACGAUUCAGUCCAUUUCUGCAGCUGGGUGGGCAUUUCCUGCGGCAGACAUGGUGAUGAUGGCUCGCAGAGAGUCACAUCUCUGGUGCUGAAGAAACAGGACCUGGUGGGCACUCUGCCUCCGCACAUUGGGAACCUCAGCUUCCUCCAGGCCAUCAACCUGGAAAACAACACCUUCCACGGGGAGAUUCCUCAGGAGAUAGGGAACCUACUUCAGCUUCGAGAAAUCAACUUCUCGUCCAACUCUUUCGUUGGGGAAAUUCCUGACAACCUGACACGCUGUUAUGAGCUCCGUAUCAUGAGGCUGGGAUUGAAUAAUCUGCAAGGGCGGAUCCCUCUGGAGAUUGGGUCUUUGUCAAAGCUCCGAGUCAUGAGGGUUGGAACAAACAACCUGACAGGAGAGAUUCCCCAAUCGGUGGGGAACCUGACGAAGCUGAUUGACUUCGGAGCUGCUUAUCUCAACCUGGUGGGGCGUAUCCCAGAGAGCCUGGGUGCUCUGGAGAACUUGUACUCGAUUUCUCUUGGGAAAAACCAAAUGAUCGGUACCAUUCCUCGAUCGUUCUUCAACAUCACCACUCUUAGCAUCAUUGCCCUCCCUUGGAACCAGUUUGAGGGUCGUCUACCGGAUGAUAUAGGCUUCACUUUACCGAAACUCCAGAAGUUUGCUAUCUCAAAGAACAAAUUUGCCGGUUCCAUCCCAAAAUCAUUGUGCAACGCCACAGAGCUGCAGCUCGUGGACAUGAACAAAAAUGAUUUCGUCGGUCAAAUUCCCGAUUGCAUAGGGAAUCUGCCAGAUCUAUUCUGGCUGUCAGCUGGGAUAAAUCAUCUCGGCAAUUAUUCCCCUGACGACUUCGAGUUCUUGAAAGGGUUGCAAAAUUGCAGUCAGCUUCAACUUUUGUCCAUCACUGCUAACAACUUUGGAGGCACUCUACCUAGCACCAUAGCAAACCUCUCCGCCCAGCUUGCCAUACUUGACGUUUCAGAAAAUAAACUAAUAGGAUCGGUUCCUGCUGGACUUGAGAAGCUGGUUAACUUGAAUGCCCUAUAUCUGUCAUACAACCUCUUUGGAGGUUCCAUUCCUCCUUUCUUUAGCAGGUUUCCCUAUUUGCAAAGCUUGCAUUUAGAAGGAAAUCAGCUAUCUGGUCCAAUUCUUCCCUCCAUUGGCAACCUUACUCAGUUGACUGAACUCAACAUCUCGAAUAACAGAUUCGAAGCCGCUAUUCCUUUGGGUCUUGGUUCAUUGCUUCAGUUGAUUUCCUUGGAUAUUUCAGGAAAUACUCUCACUGGGUCUAUACCUGGCAAGAUUUUCAGUCUUCCAUCCUUGACAAAAUUACUGAACUUGUCACACAACUUAUUCACAGGGAACCUGACUCCAGAAAUAGGGAUGCUGGAGAAUCUCAAUGCUUUGGAUAUUUCUCAUAAUUUCCUGACAGGCAAAAUUCCAAGCGCCAUUGGUGAUUGCAAGAGCUUAGAGUAUCUCUAUUUACAGAGGAACUCGUUAGCCGGUGCCAUCCCUCCAUCUUUAGCUUUCUUGAAAAGCCUUCGAAAAGCCGAUCUUUCACUCAACAACUUGCAAGGAGAAAUCCCGUCGGCUCUUCAAAAUAGUAACCUCUUACAGUAUCUGAAUCUCUCUUUCAAUCACCUUGACGGCCAGGUGCCAACGGAAGGAAUCUUUUCAAACGCAAGUAGCAUAUCAUUAAUGGGGAACAAUAUGCUUUGCGGUGGUGUGCUCAACCUCCAUCUUCCCAAGUGCACGGCUAAACCUUCCACAAAGGCCAUCAAUCGCCGUACAGUUAUGUUGGUAGUUCUUGUUUUUGUAGGUCUAUCCCUUCUGUCGCUAUUAACCUUCCGAAUUAUCACAAACUCAUCAAGAUCAAAGAAGAAGACACUUGUGGAAGGUCCAACACUACCCAAUUUUGUAAGGGUCUCUUACAGAGACCUUCACAGAGCAACUGGUGGAUUCUCUUCAGAGUUUUUGAUUGGGUCUGGCAGCUUCGGCCUUGUCUACAAAGGGAAAUUGGAUGGAAUCGACCCACCAGUAGCUGUGAAAGUGCUGAAGCUGGAAAACAGGAAGGCUUACAAGAGCUUGGCGGCAGAACUGAAUGCAUUGAGAAGCAUCAGGCACCGGAACCUCGUCGGGGUUAUGUCAUACUGUUCCAGUACUGACCACAAUGGCGAUGAAUUCAGAGCUCUAGUUUUCGAAUACAUGAGGAAUGGAAAUCUGGAGAACUGGCUGCACACCACGGACGGUUCCCACAAACUCAGUCUCGGUCAUAGGCUCAACAUUGCAGUCGAUGUGGCAUCUGCAGUACAUUAUCUCCACGACCUCUGCGAAACUCCACUCGCGCAUUGCGAUUUGAAGCCGAGCAAUGUGCUUCUGGACGAGGACAUGGUUGCCCAUUUGAGCGAUUUUGGCAUUUCCAGGAUUCUUUCAGCUGAGGGUGCCACAUUCUCGGGAACAAGCACCAUUGGCAUCAAAGGAACAAUUGGGUAUACUCCUCCAGAGUACGGAAUGGGCAGUGCAGCGUCGAAAGAAGGCGAUGUGUACAGCUUCGGAAUUCUACUGCUGGAAUUGUUCUCCGGGAAAAGACCCACCGACCAAUUGUUCGAUGACGGUCGAAAUCUUCGAGACUAUAUGACGGCGGGGCUGCCAGAUACGGUAUUUGCGGUGCUGGAUCCAGUGCUGUUUCCCGGUGGAGACAUAACUGAGGCGGCGGAGAGAUGCGGAGGUGAAGCAAUCACGGAAUUGGUCGAACUGCAACGCAGAGAGAUUAACUACAGAGAGGCGAGCUUAAUGAGGUCGAGUCAAUACCUCAAUUGCAUGAAGUCGGUCGUCGAAAUCGGGAUAGCUUGUUCUCUGGAAUUGGCGACACAACGGAUGAAGACGGCGGACGUCUACCAUAGGCUAGAGUGCGUUAGAGAUGCUUUUACCGCUAGUACCAUUCGCCGUAGACCCAGAGAGUGGCCGGACCGGUCGUAA